UUUCCCAUUGAUAGCUGGAGACAGCCCAGUAGCUCCGAGCUGGCCUGACAAAGCCGUAUUGAAGCACAGAGAGAGUACGGUUUCAAAGCAGUCAGACAGAGAACGGGAAUGCUGUUCAGGAAAUUCUUCAGGCAUGGGCAGGGACUUGGCUGCAGUUCCACUUUUGGAAAAUCUGACUGGGGCGGCUUCUGAGCGCAGGCUGGGCCUGCUCACGCUGCUCGGCCCGAGGCCGCCUCCUUCCCGGCCUCUCAGCACACUCCCGGACCGAGGCUGGUUUCAUCGGCUGCCUGGGGAAGCGACGAGAGAUGCCCCAGGAACAGUACGCGCACCACCGGAGCGCCAUGCCUGGCUCCGAGGGGCCACAGGUGUACAAAGUGGGGAUUUAUGGCUGGCGGAAAAGAUGCCUGUAUUUUUUUGUCCUGCUCCUGAUGAUUUUAAUCCUGGUGAACUUGGCCAUGACCAUCUGGAUUCUCAAAGUCAUGAACUUCACAAUUGAUGGAAUGGGAAACCUGAGAAUCACAGAAAAAGGUCUAAAGCUGGAAGGAGACUCAGAAUUCUUGCAACCUCUCUACGCCAAAGAAAUCCAGUCCCGACCGGGAAACGCCCUGUACUUCAAAUCAGCCAGAAAUGUGACCGUGAACAUUCUCAAUGACCAGACUAAAGUGCUAACUCAGCUGAUAACAGGUCCAAAAGCUGUAGAAGCUUAUGGCCAAAAGUUUGAAGUAAAGACACUUUCUGGGAAGUUGCUCUUCUCUGCUGACAACAAGGAGGUGGUAGUCGGAGCUGAGCGAUUACGAGUCUUAGGAGCAGAGGGCACCGUGUUCCCUAAAUCCAUAGAGACCCCUAACGUCAGGGCAGACCCCUUCAAGGAGCUAAGGUUGGAGUCCCCAACCCGCUCUCUGGUGAUGGAGGCCCCAAAGGGAGUAGAAAUAAAUGCGGAAGCUGGCAACCUGGAAGCCACCUGCAGAACAGAGCUGAGACUGGAGUCCAAAGAUGGAGAGAUUAAGUUAGAUGCUGCGAAAAUCAAACUACCUAGACUGCCUCACGGAUCCUACACGCCCACAGGAGCGAGGCAGAAGGUCUUUGAGAUCUGCGUCUGCGCCAACGGGAGAUUAUUCCUGUCCCAGGCAGGGACCGGGUCCACUUGUCAGAUAAACACAAGUGUCUGCCUUUGAGAGACUCUCUACAGAGGACAUCGUUGGCAGCAGAAGGCCUCUCUCUGGCUUUAGAUGCUGGCUGCCGGCUAUUUUUACUAGAACACAGAAAGCCUAUCAAAGACUUUGUGCGUGCGUGUGCGUGCGUGCGUUUACGUGUGAGCGUGUUUGCGUGUGUGGGUGGAUAUAAAUAUAUAUAAAUAUAUAUAAAUAAAUAUAUAUAUCCUCUGUAUAAAAUGAGGUUUCAGUACAAAAGGAACCACGGGUGACCCUGGAUAUCUGGUCAUUUCCAUCCCCACCCACCACCUACAUGAUACAAAUCAAAACACUAAUUCAGACUCAGCAUUCCCCAGACCCUUCAAAAAUCACUCAGUGUCUUGGACACUUACCAAAUAUUCAUCUACGCCUUUGAGUAGCAGCAUGUCUUCUCCUUUAGUGUCAUUACAGGGCAGUGAUGGCGGGAAUCUCCAAGUCAUGCUCGAGUGCUGCGACCUUGGAGUUAAAAACAGACCAUUCGGUUUUCCCUUUGCAGCUUUGGUGAGGCCGCCAACUUCUCCCUCUUCACGUUUAGGGACCAGGCCGUUCGGCCGCAGGCGCUCGAAAUGGCUGUUCUUCCUCGGCAUUCAAAUGUUUGGGGGCUUUUGUAGCUGGAUGAGUGAAGAGGGUGAAUUUUAGCAAAGUGUGAACGGCUCACCCAAUUCCUGCUGUCUUACUUCCUUCAAACUCACACGUUAUCCCCCAGUCAAAACCGGAGUUAUAAAUCAGCACAAAGUAGGGUAACAGCUGCUCCUCAGUCAGCUGGAAGCUACUCAGUGGCCUUACAGGCAGAGUAAAUGGGUAAUGUAUCUCUGUUUAAAGGGGGAAAAGGCUCAAAAUCUGUUCUGGCCUCACUUCUGACUUAUUCAAUAGACUCCAACUCAGAAAAUAAUUGGAUCAAUCGAAAUUAACAAGAGGGGGACCCCUACCCCAAGAGGGGCCAUUUGGAGAUAGUCUAAGAGUAGCAUUGGGAACCUAAUUGCUUUUACAUGUUUCCUGGGAUUGGCAGGUGGUUUAGAGACAUGCCUCUUAUUUUUAAAGGCAUGCACACACUGACGCGAUCUUUUAUAUAUUAGGGAUAUUCAUAUUCCUACUCCACCAUUAUGUUUUCUGCAAGACAAACAGACCUAAAAUACUGCAUGCCUCCCCCAGACACGCUCACUGAAACGUAAGGCAAACUGAGUCAAGCGUCUUUAUCAGAAUCACUGUGUCCCCGGGGCCCCGCAGCACCCACCCCACCCCCACGUGUGGAGGCAGCUCUCUAAUUCCCGCCAUCAGCUACCACCCAUCACUCGUCUUCAUUGUCAUGCUCCAGGGUCACCCUGGCCAGCUCUUGUGCUGGGACAGGGGAUUACACCAUCUCUGUUCAAAGAGGGGGAAACUGUGCCUAUGCCUUAAGUCAAUGCACUCAGCAAGGAGAAGCACAUCCUAUUUAUCAUGUCGUUUCCUGUAGUUUGUUUUGGGCCCCUGGAGGGGAAUGGCUCAGUGAUGACUGGGCGUCUCAACAGCAGGUGGACAAGCCAAGCGGCAGAUGUGGAGUCCGAGGAGUGCGGACUGGAGCCACGCCUGGCGGAGACAGUCCGGAUGCCACUCGGCCAGCGUUGGCCCCACGAUCCGCAAUGAAGUCGUGUUUAUAGCCCUGGAUGGCUUUCGUUUCUUGUUUUUUUUCCUUCAACAAGGUUCUAAUUUGUUCUUACUUCACAAGCAGGGUAAGAUUUGUCAUAGGAGAUUAAAAAAGAAGAGGUUGGAUAUGUAGGAGCUGCCACUCGAGCCCCGGGCUACGGUUUGUACACAUGGAUGUAAAAGCAAGCUAUGUGUGCUCAGUCCCU